CCACCACCAACUUUUCCCCUACAAACCUUCCACAUCAGCCUUUUCCCUCCUGCGUCGUCUGCUCUUGUCGCAGUCGAUUGCUAUUCUCCCCCUCUCCCCCAUAAAAUACUCGUGAAUCAACCAAAAAAAAGUGAAAACCCCCCCUCAAAAACCCAGAGUCGUGCGUGCUCGACUUUAAACCACAUAUCCCUUACCAAGGCAUCAUCAAGGCAUCGGCUCCAUUGCUCAAGACAAGUUUCAACUCCCCUCGUUCUUGUUACCUUGUCAAUCAAUCCAGGAAAAGUCAAACAAAAAACGAAAAUGUCUGCUACAGACGUCUCUAAUGCGACUCCGGCCGCUGGCCAGAAUGGCAGCCCCGAUGCCCCUUCCCAAAACGGCGCUCCUGCCAUCGACACCAAUGUGGCGCCGUCUGGUGCUACCGGUGACGAUGUCGCUACACCCUAUUCUGCGACCCCGAACACUGCGCAACACUCUGCCUCUCUCUAUGUCGGCGAGCUUGAUCCCUCCGUCACCGAAGCGAUGCUCUUCGAGUUGUUUUCCUCCAUCGGCCAGGUCGCUUCGAUCCGUGUCUGCCGUGACGCCGUCACCCGCCGCUCGCUUGGGUAUGCCUACGUCAACUACAACAACACCGCUGACGGUGAGAGAGCACUGGAAGAUUUGAACUACACGAGCAUCAAGGGCCGCCCAUGCCGUAUCAUGUGGUCCCAGCGCGAUCCUGCCCUCCGCAAGACUGGACAAGGUAAUGUCUUCAUCAAGAACUUGGAUGCGGCGAUCGAUAACAAAGCGCUCCAUGACACCUUCACCCAAUUCGGCAAUAUCCUCAGCUGCAAGGUCGCCCAAGAUGAGCUCGGAAAUUCAAAGGGAUACGGUUUCGUCCACUACGAGACCGCCGAGGCUGCCAACCAGGCGAUCAAGUCUGUCAAUGGAAUGUUGUUGAACGACAAGAAAGUCUUUGUUGGUCAUCACAUCGCGAAACGAGAUCGCCAGAGCAAGUUUGAGGAGAUGAAGGCCAACUUCACCAAUGUCUACAUCAAAAACAUCGACGAGUCGGUCACUGACGACGAAUUCACCAAGUUGUUUGAGCCUUACGGCGCUGUUGUCUCUGCCACCAUCACUCGCGACGAAACUGGCAAGAGCCGUGGCUUUGGAUUUGUCAAUUUUACCAGUCACGAAUCCGCUGCCAGAGCCGUUGAUGAACUCAAUGACAGGGAAUUUCAUGGCAAGAAUUUGUAUGUUGGGCGCGCUCAAAAGAAACACGAACGGGAAGAGGAGCUCCGCAAGCAGUAUGAAGCUGCACGCAUGGAGAAAGCCUCAAAAUAUCAAGGUGUCAAUCUGUAUGUCAAGAACUUGACCGAUGAUGUGGACGACGAUAAGCUUCGUGAUCUAUUCAGCGGUUAUGGAACCAUCACAUCGGCCAAGGUCAUGCGCGACACAGCCGAGCGCACCGCAUCUCCUGCUGCAGAUAAGGACAAGGAGAACAAGAAGGAGGAGGAUGAUGAUGAAAAGGGCGACGAAGAGCAGAAGGCUGAAAGCGAGGAAAAGGAAGAGGGCAGUGAAGACGCCAAGGAGGCCAAGAAAGAGGGUAAACCUGGCCAGAAGUUGUUCGGCAAGAGCAAGGGCUUCGGCUUCGUCUGCUUCAGCAACCCGGAUGAGGCUUCCAAGGCUGUCUCGGAGAUGAACCAGAAGAUGGUCAACGGCAAGCCGCUGUAUGUUGCCCUCGCUCAACGAAAGGAUGUUCGCAAAAGUCAGCUCGAGGCUAGUAUCCAAGCACGCAACACCCUUCGUCAGCAACAACAGGCUGCUGCCGCCGGUAUGCCCCAGGGCUACAUUCAACCCACUGUCUUCUAUGGUCCAGCUGGACAGCAGUUCCUCCCACCUGGGGCUCAGCGUGGAGGCAUGCCCUUCCCCGGUCAACCUGGCAUGGUCAUUCCCGGUAUGCAAGGCGGGCGUGGGCAGUUCCCUGGUGGCUUCCCCCAGCAAGGCCGUGGAAUACCUCAAGGCCAACAGCUCCCUCCCAACUUCGGUCUGCCUGGACAGAUGCCAUUCAUCCAGAACCCGGCACUUGUCAAUGGUAUGUACAACAAUCCCCAAGCGCUGGCUCAAAUGCAAGCUCAGAUGGGUCGUGGCGCUGGUGGUCGCGGUCAGAUGCAAGGCAUGCAGGGUAUGCCUCCCAACAUGCAGGGCAUGGCUGGCGUGCGUGGUGGCGCGUUCCCACAAGGCGGGCGAGGAGGUGGUAUGCCAAACAUGGCAAGCGCCCAGGCAGGCGCUCGGUUGCCUCCACAAGGCCGUGGACAGAUGAUGCCUGGCAGAGAAGAGGCCCCUGCUGGCGGUCUCAGCAAUCUUGCAUCUUUGCCUCCCAAUCAACAGAAACAGAUGCUUGGUGAGGCCAUCUACCCCAAGAUCCAACAGAUCCAACCGGAACUUGCUGGCAAGAUUACUGGUAUGCUUUUGGAAAUGGACAACUCGGAACUGCUGGCGUUGAUUGAUGAUGACAACGCUCUUCGUGCCAAGGUGGACGAAGCCCUCACCGUCUACGACGAGUACGUCAAGGGACGUCAAACUACCAGCGAAGGCGGCCCCAACGGCACGAAAGAGGAGGAUGCGUCCAAGACUGAAGGCGCCGAAGCGACGGCUUAGACGAUCUUGCAUGGACUACUCUUACUGUCUUAACACAACUUUUUCACCCAAAUUGCGCAAUCACUGUACUCGACCUGGGCAAGAUGCCUUUCUACCAAAAGUUCUGAUACUGCAACAUCUUGAGUGCUCUGCAAUGGGGCUUCCGGACCACGGAGCUGGGCUUGAUUGCGGUGGCGGUGGCAGGCGAAUGGCGUCCUUUCUCCCGAGCAGAUGGUUCUCGGUUGUGCCCACGGUGGCUCGGUGAUUAUGAGCUUGUCUUGUUUGAGUGUAUGAUAGACUGGCGAUAUGCUUCCCCCCUUUCCACAAGGGCAUAUGCAACCAAGUGCAAGCAGACUAUCUUCUUAGAUGCUCGCUUGUACUUUGUGUACCCGGGUUUCCUACUAGGAUACCGGAGAUAGGUUGCAUUUCUGCCCCGCACAGAUAGAUUCCCCCUUAAUGAGAUGGCUCAUUUGUUUGA